UGUUUCUCUCGGCGGCGCCAGGCGCUCCAUUCGCUCAGCAAGGUGUCUGGACAGUGUGUGAAAGAUAAAACUCUAUCAUUACAGCAUGGCGUCCGGUGAACCUAAAGCCAAGAAGAUUAAACUCGAGGAAAAAAAACUCAGUCAAAAUGCCCUUUUUGGGAUGGGAAAUCCCUUGCUUGACAUCUGUGCUGUGGUGGACAAAGAUUUUCUAGACAAGUAUGGACUCAAGCCAGAUGACCAGAUUUUAGCAGAGGACAAACACAAGGAAAUGUUUGAAGAGAUAGUCAAGAAAUUCAAGGUUGAAUACCAUGCUGGAGGUGCCACGCAGAAUUCUGUCAAGGUCGCGCAGUGGAUGAUCCAAGAGCCACACAAAGUGGCUACGUUCUUCGGCUGCAUCGGGGAGGACAAUUUCGGGAAGAUCCUGAAAGAGAAGGCAGAGGAGGCCCACGUGGAUGCCCACUACUACGAGCAGAGCGAGGAGCCCACGGGAACCUGUGCUGCCUGCAUCACUGGCAACAACAGGUCUCUUGUUGCAAAUCUCGCUGCAGCUAAUUGCUACAAGAAAGAAAAGCACCUAGACCUGGAGGAGAACUGGAAGCUUGUUGAAAAAGCCAAAGUUUAUUACAUUGCUGGUUUUUUCCUGACUGUGUCUUUGGAGUCGAUCCUAAAGGUAGCCAAACACGCCUCUGAAAACAACAAGAUCUUCUGCUUGAAUCUGUCAGCUCCAUUCAUUUGCGAGUUCUUCAGUGAGGCCCUGAUGAAGGUUAUGCCCUACGUGGAUAUCCUUUUCGGCAACGAAACGGAGGCAGCGGCGUUUGCGCGAGAACAGGGCUUUGAGACAGAAGACAUUGAGGAGUUUGCUAAGAAGGCCCAAAGCUUACCAAAGGUGAACAAGAAAAGGCAGCGGAUUGUUGUCUUUACCCAAGGCAAAGAAGGCACUGUGAUGACCAAAGGUGACAAGGUAGAGAUAUUUCCUGUCCUGAAGAUCGACCAGAGUGAGAUAGUGGACACCAAUGGUGCUGGAGAUGCCUUUGUUGGAGGUUUCCUAUCUGAGCUGGUGCAGGAUAAGACCUUUGAGCAGUGCAUCCGUGCUGGACACUACUCUGCUAACGUCAUUAUUCGAUAUGCAGGCUGUACAUUCCCAGAAAAGCCUGAUUUCCACUGAUGGGCCACUCAGAGAGCAGAAUAUAUGGCCACCUAAGUGUUUUAAAGGACUAAUGCCUUUUUUUAAUUGACUUUUUAUUUUCUGUUCCUCUUCCCUCUCUCGUUCACUGCCUGCAUUCUUCUGUGCCUCUAUUUCUAACAGUCCCACAUCCUAAUGCGAUAAUGGAGAUGUAUUUCCUAUGAAAAACAGUUUACAAAAGAAUUCCUUUGUUGCAAGUAUGGAUUUGUUUUAACUAAAGCAAUUUGAGUAUUGCUCUCCCAUGUACUGUAAGAGAAGUAAUCAUAAACCAGCAUCUCUCCAGUGUGGUAUUUUUAACAAAUUUACCUUGAUGAUAUCUUGAUACUGCUUUAAAAUGUAAAGGAAAUAUUGAAAACGCACAACUUAACUAUAUCGAAAUCAAAAACUCAUAUCUCAGAGGAAUUUUGUUGGCCAGUCUUGCUGUUGUAAACCAAACAUAUUUGUGAAAUGCACACUUGAAUGUGUCAUGAUCAUGUCAGGAUUAGUUUAAAUCUGUUGUUAUGUGUUAUACAUUACAUAAACAUAGUCUGCUGUCCUUUUAAAUACAAUAUUGCCAAAAUAAAAAUAAAGCUUGUAUUUCUG